UGCUGGGCGUCGCCUCGGUCGCGCUGCAGCUCUUCAGCUGGCUCUGGCUGCGCGCCGACCCCGCCGGCUUGCACGCGCCGCAGCCCCCGGGUCGCUGCCUGGCGCUGCUGCACCUCUUGCAGCUGGGCUACCUGUACAGGACCACCUGAAGGCUUCACUUCUUAGAAGAGGAAGUGAGUUCUGUGGAGUUAGCAGGAUUUGAGGAUGGUCGGCUAAUUGGCUCUUGUUGUCCUCACCUACUUACCCAUUCUGCCCACAGUUCCCUUUGUCUGAACUAUUCGGCUCCUUACAGGCCUGUGAGUUUCAUCCCUUAUCCAGAUUUAAAUUUUCCAGUAACCUUGGCAGCAGCAAUAAUAAAAUAAUCAUCAUAUUGUUACGGAUGCCACGGUUGCCGCAUCUUAGCUGGUGAAAGACAAGCGGGCCAGAUGUCAAGCACCUAUAGGCUCAGCAAGGCUAACAAGAGAAUCCUCAGCCAACACACCGAGGAGCCUGCAUUGGAAACCAGGGAAGUUCUGGCACAUAUCUGACCUGCACCUUGACCCUGACUACAAGGUAUCCGAAGACCCCCUCCAGGUGUGCCCAUCGGCUGGCUUGCAACCGGUGCCCAACGCAGGCCCCUGGGGUGACUACCUCUGUGACUCCCCCUGGGUCCUCAUCAACUCCUCCAUCUACGCCAUGAAAGAGAUUGAGCCGGAGCCAGACUUCAUCCUCUGGACUGGUGAUAACACCCCUCAUGUGCCCAACGAGAGGCUGGGAGAAGCAGCUGUGCUGGGAAUUGUGGGGCGCCUGACCAGGCUCAUCAGAGAGGUCUUUCCAGAUACCAAAGUCUACGCUGCUCUGGGAAAUCAUGACUUUCACCCUAAAAAUCAGUUCCCACCAGGAAACAACAACAUCUACAAUCAGGUAGCGGAACUGUGGGCACCCUGGCUCAGUAAGGAAUCCAUCGCUCUCUUCAAACAAGGUGCCUUCUAUUCCGAGAAGUUGCCAGGACUGAGUGGCGCUGGGCGAGUCGUGGUCCUCAACACCAAUCUGUACUACAGCAACAACGAGCAGACAGCUGGCAUGGUGGACCCCGUCCAGCAGUUCCAGUGGCUAGAAGAGGUGCUGACCAACGCAUCCCGAGCUAAGGAGAUGGUGUACAUUGUCGGCCACGUGCCCCCGGGAUUCUUUGAGAAGACACGGAACAAAGCGUGGUUCCGGGAGAGCUUCAAUGCGGAAUACCUGAAGGUGGUCAGGAAGCACCAUCGAGUCAUCGCAGGGCAGUUCUUCGGGCACCAACACACCGAUAGCUUCCGGAUGUUCUAUGAUGAUGCAGGUGCCCCCAUCAGUGUCAUGUUCCUUACACCUGGAGUCACCCCCUGGAAAACCACCUUACCUGGCGUGGUCAACGGGUCCAACAAUCCAGGCAUCCGGGUAUUUGAAUACGACCGAGCCACACUGAGCCUGCAGGACAUGGUGACCUACUUUGUGAACCUGAGCCAGGCGAACGCGCAGGGGACCCCGCUCUGGGAGCUCGAGUACCGGCUGACCCAGGCCUACGGGGUGCCCGACGCAGGCGCCCGCUCCAUGCACGCGGCGCUGGGCCGCAUCGCCAGCGACCCCCGCGCACUGCAGCGCUACUACGUCUACAACUCGGUCAGCUACGAACCCUCGGCCUGCGAGCAGGCCUGCCACGCCGAGCAAGUGUGCGCGCUGCGCGAGGUGGCCUUCGACGCGUACGCCGCCUGCCUGCGCGCCCCCGGCACCGCGCCCGCGCCCCGGCUCGCGCUCCUGCUCGCGGCGCCGCUGGGCCUGCGCGCGCUGCUGCCGCGGUGACCCGGGGCCGGCCCGGAGCAGCCGCCGCUCGGGGACCAGGCCCGGAGAACCCCCCCCUCCCCACCUCGGCACGGAGUUUAAAAGUUUCACU